UUUAUGAGGAUAAAAUUGAGAGAAACUCUGCUUAUUGUCCAUUUCUUCUGCAAACUGUGAUUUAUAAACUGUCCGCAGGGUACCCAAUCACAGAGGAGAGCUGGUAGGACAUCUGGUGUUGGAGAAUGUGAUGUAACACACUGUGCCUGUUAUUGUUAGAGGAAAGCUAAGGGGGAUGACAUAACAUUACAAGGAGGGGGAUCUGUCAGACUACAUUAGCAUCACAGACAGCAGACUGGCCUGACUGUGUACUGAGACACAGUAAUAAGGAGGACUUACAGCUUUGUAGCAGCUUACAAAUCUUACCAGCACUAGGAGAGUGUGAAUCUUAACAUUAUAUCGGUGCAUAUUAAAAACUCUUUAUUCAUCUUCGAAUGUUGGAGCCUGGAUAAGUGUAUACUGUUGAUUCAGCAAAUGAGAGGAAGAUUGAUGACUUUUAGUAAUUGGUUGUGUAUUGUUGAGGUGAAAGAAGGAACUGUGUAUUAAUUAGGGUGGUACUAGUCAGUGUAUGUGUGUGACAUGUUUGUAGUGUUAUACUCGACCAGGCAAAUCGUGAUGGGUGACGGAGAUUGAGGAAAUUCCACCUGGUAUGUUGGACUGUUCUAUUCCUGUUUGUAAGGCUAGCUUUUAUCCUUGCUUCAGGUCAUGAUUCAUGUAUUGGAGUUUUAUCUUUGAGGGAAGUGUGUGUUAAAAAACAACUUUGAUUUCUAAUUGACACACACUGUAAGUGAUUAGUUUCAGGGGGAAAUAGGAAAAAAAGUUUUUUGGGGAAAUAUAGAGCUACAGAAAUUAUCUAGUCUUAAUCAGGUAUUUUUAGACUUGCUUCAGGAUCCAUUAAAUUUAGCAUCUUCUGUUGAUAUGCUGGUGAGAUAGGGAAUCAGUAGUCAGUGAUUGGUGUUACAAGCCUCCAAAGCUUUGUAUUUAAUCUAUCCCCAGAGAUAAAAUCCCCCCUUCCCAACAGGAGAGCUCUGAAGCAAGUGUUAUGAUGUGCUCAUUCAGCUCAACUUCAGUGGAUGUCUCAGGCACUGUGAGGCAUGGAAGAUAGUAGAGAAUCAUUCCUUCCAUUCCGUAAGAAAACCAAUAAGCUGAAUAGAUCCAAGCGCAUUAGUGCGGCCAGGAAUUUUCUGCAGUCAGAGAUAUUCAAACUCAAUUUUCAAGAUAUCGCUUCAUCACCAAAGUUUAGACCUCUGAGGCAUGGAUUCAUUGAUGAAGAUGACUUUGAGGAUUUUAAGCAGGAUUUGUUAGAUUUCCGUGUGUUAAAACAAGAAUUACGAGAGGGAAGCAGUCCGGAGUGUCAGCGGAGAACCAGACAAGCCACGGCCGAAUCACGAAGGAGUCGACUCAGUACAGACCAGUUAAUGGAAUUCUUCAACAGUGAUGAAAACUUCCAGGAGUUUGAGAGAGUGUUUGAGACUUUUAAAAGUAAAAGAUUCUCGAAUAGUGCGGACAAGCUUCGACUGUCCCUGAACAGGUUCGGGGACGAGGACAGUGAUAGCAGCGAUGACGACGACAAAACCAUCGUGUUAGAUGAUGAGUUAUUUAUAGGUGACAUUGAAGAUGACCCAGAGGAAGAUAUGUUUACCGAGUUUUUUGACAAUGAUGCAAGUUUUCUGGAGUUUGAGAGGGAGUUUCAGACGUUUAAGGUAAAACGAAGAUCUCGUGUGAUUGAUAGGAUUAACAGACAGUCUGGCUGUGACAUUGUGUCAGAACUACAAGCCCUCUGUGAUAGAGACCCUACAAAGAAAUACGAUGCCAUGCUGGAAGCUGGUGAACACAGACUUUGGAACUCAGGUGGAGAAUGGGACUAUAUAUUCAGUCAUCUGAACAAAAAGAGGUCCACGUCAGCCUCGAACAUAUCAGGGAAUUAUGGGAGUUGUUCAAGUCUUAACACAGUUCAUACAUACUCCGAAUGUGAUACUGGAUUUUAUUCUGCGGACCCUAGUAAUGUGAACAGUAUUCAGAAUACUGUGGAAUAUAAAAGCAAUGUACUAAGUUGUUCAGGUUCACAAAGUGAUAUUUCAGGUUGUGUACAAUGUUGCUCAGAACCAAGUGAUGUGAACAAUGUACCAAAGUGUUCAUGUUCAGAACCAAGUGCUCAAAUUUCUAGUCAUGAUUGUCAUUUUACAAGCCACCAGAAGUGUGCCCAGUUAGUGCGUCUUCCGUGUAAACACUCCCCCGACGGACUUCCUCUAGACGACUCCUCCCAGGAAGUGGAGGGACUUCCCAGUGUCUCCGACGUUAACCUGAGCGCCAGCAGCGAGGCUACCUCGGAGGCCGCUAAUGAGAAGGACGAGACAGACAGUGGCUACAGAUCAGGGACAAUCCCCGACGACAAGUUACCACGGAAACCAAGCCAGGCCACUCUAAACAGGGAGGAGUUAAAGAAGAAAUUAGAGGAAUACAAUACACUGGUGCCAGGGGCAGACUUCAAACUACAUACAGAGAAGGGUGAAACUUUCCAGGGUUUUGUGAAAGUGACCUUGAACCUUGUACGACCUAUCUGUAUGUCUCUGGGGGCACGACCCCCUUCUGUCUACGAACUCCUGACCAAUGAGCACAUCGUAGAACAGAACACCCAGACUAUUUCGUUCUACAUGCCCCGUGACACAGUCAAGUCUAUUCAUAUAACCAGUGAUGAAACUACAAAGGACGUGAUCUCCAUGUUGUUGAAAAAGUUCCAUAUUUUAGACAAUCCCAGAAAAUUUGCCUUGUAUGAGCAAGAGCUGAAUGAGAAAGGCAAAAUAGCCAAGCUUCGUCGGAUCCAGGAGACGGAAUUCCCGCUCCACGUAUCAUUACUCUGGGACUCGGACCGAAUAGACAGAACACGUUUUGUUUUACAGGAAAACGAAAAUGGUGAAAUUGAUUGGGAGGCCUUCAGUUUACCCGAGCUAAGUAACUUCCUUCGAGUGUUAGACAGGGAAGAACAAGAGUACCUAACAGAACUCAAACACAAGUAUAAAUUCAUGAAGAAGAUUGUCCAGCAAAGACUCAAAGAACUCCGAAUCGAGAAACACCAAGCUGCUGGCAGCAAAAGGGACUCGUACAUCCGUCCUGCCGGGGCUGAUCACCCGCUGGCCCAGUCUUCAUGAUUUGUACAUACGGUUGUGAUGCCUCCAAAGAGGAUGUGGUGCUCUUGUCAUGUGAUAUAAAAUUGUCCAAUCAGGGAGCCUCAUUACAUUAUGUGCAGAACUGAAUCAAUCAAAAUGAGGCUUUCUAACUCAUUGGAUUCAAUUUCUUUCGUACCUCGGGUGUUGAUAUGAUGUGGACAUUAUGUCAGUGUAGUGCCUAAAUGUGUAAAUGUUCAUUCCCAAUCUGGAGAUGAAAAGUCCAAAAAAAUAAUCACUGUGAUGUUUAUUUUACUAUUUUGUGUUUGAAACUGGCUUGGAGACAAUUGAUUCCCAUCUGUAAAUGGCUGUCAGGGCCAUUAUUUAUGUAUAGUGUUUAUAUUAUAUAUAAGAUGUAGAUUAUAAUAGGCAUGCAUCAGAGACUAGUCAUGCUGAAAAAAAAAUAUAAAACAUUGUUAAAUUUGAAGUAUACUCAUCAUUGUAUAGAUCAACUAUAAGUGCUGUCUCCAUUUCUCUGUAGGUGAUUUUUUUUAGGGCAACAUGGAUUUAAUUCAUUGUUUUAGAGCUAUACCUAUUCUUCUGGUAGAAGCCCUAUCCUGCAUUAUCAUUCAGUAUUACAUGUACAUGUAACAUUAAAUGCAUGGAGGUGCCAAUGGAAUCUAUUAUCAAUUUGUAGCUGGCGAAAAAAAAAAUAGAAGGGCUAUGAAUUAACCCCCAAAAUGUCUCUAUUUAGCUAAAAAUAUAGAUCAAUACAAAACCGACAGAUUCAAAUUGGCCACAAAUUUUGGGACACUACUCAGUGUGUAACUUGGUUAAAUGAUAUUAAGAGAUAUUAAUUAAGAGUAGAUAUUAAUGUUUUAUUUUUUAUAAUUAUCAAACUGGGUUUAUAAUUCUGUCUUGCACAAUCAAAUAUGUAUAAUAUGUAAGUUGGCAGCUCUGUGUUUUACUGCAAAUUUAUUGCGUCACUUAAAGAUCAUGCCUAUGUGAUAUUUUUCUCUGGAAAAAAUUAUAUGUACACCUUAUGUAAACUUCACAUAAUAUCAUCCAAAUGCCUUUCAAGUGAUUUUUGCCACCACGCAUUCAACAUUUACAUCCUAUAUUCAAAUUUUAAAAGAAUUAAAAAAGGUGGACUUCAAAUAUAUCUGUCAACUUAAUCACAUGAAUAGUAUAGCAGCAAAAAUAUUUGGCAUAAUAUUGGAUGCAGAUCAAAUCUGUGUCAACCCUAGCUGUGUUCCAGGUGCAUGUGAUGCCAAAGUUCUCAGUAACUAUAUACCUAUACCAAACCCAUCUAUUAGCAGGAGUAGAUAUAUGUCUUAGGAUAGGAUGUCAAGGGAAAAUUCAGUAAAUGAAAAAUGUGUCCACAAAUACUUACUGGUAGAAAAAGACCCCCCUUGUAAUAUUGCAACAUCUUGUUGACACAAAACACUAUGCUUCAAUAUAAUUAAAUGAUAUGGCUUUGGAAUUGCAUAGCGUAAAAAAUAUACGGAUAAAAUAGAUUUAUUUAUUAUUUGUACAGCAGAUGUUUCCCUAAUUGAAAGUGCCUUCUCUCCACUCAGAACAUGUAUAUUGUCAAUAUACUAAUAUAAACUGUUAAAAAAAAGGUACAGAAUACAUUAACAGCAAUAUAGUUCAAAUUUAAGCAGAUUCAUCAUUCUGAUACUUUUUAUAAAUAUAUAUAUAAAAAUUGCAAAUAUGUUUACUGGAUCACCAUUUGAAUUUUUUUACUAUCUGUCUGGUAAAUAGCAAAUGGCUGCCAUUUUUCAUGGCAACCAGCUAGGGGGUGAAAAUAUGCUGAAAUCAGCUGAUGUAUAAACGAGCCAUUGGAGUUUUGUUUAUAUAGGACACAGGAGAAGGGAGCCUGUUUACAUUCCCUUCUGAACAGGUGUCCUCGAAUUAAGAAGAAAAUUUCUAGAUGCCAGACAGAUAAUGAAAAAUGAAAUCAGUCAGAAAUUCCUCAUACCCCAAGGUCCUUUUUUUUGAUAGAAAACAUCUUGAUAUUCUACUUUCAGCUGUGUUUAAGUACACUGUCACUGUGUUAUUUUGACCAUUGGAUGCUACUCUGCAUCCACAUGUUUUAUGCAGCACCUAUAGGUAAAUACACUACACUUUCAGUAGAAUAUAGUUUGCAUAACAUUCCCGGUACAAUAAACAUACUUGAACUGUAUGUCGACCAUGUCCUGCCUAUUCAUGCUAGCUAGUAUAUGACUUCCAUCAAAGAAACACCAUAUAGAAGUAUUCUACAUUUAUAGUACAUUUGUAUAUGAGUAAUGUAUAUAUAUAUUGAAAAAAAUUAUUUGAGUGCCAGUGUAAAAUUCUAAAUAGAAUUGCAUUUAUUAUUGUAUUUAUUGUCAUUUACUCAUGAUUUGCAUCGUUUGUGGUCAAUAUCUACCAUUUUUACGAAUUUCAAAAUUCAUGUUUUUUUCCCUCAUUGGAACAUGUACAGAUGUUAUCACACAACACAACAUUUUCAGGUUUUGAUUUUUUAUUUGGGUCGGGGUUUGAUUUUGUAUUUGGGUUGGUGAGGUGGAUUUAGCUAGGUCUUUUUCUUGAUCUUUAUGAGAGAAAAAAUAUGUGUAUCAUCAUAUUAUAGUCAUCUAUAUCUAUUAGGCUAGCAUAUUAGUGAUCAUACAUAUAAGCAGAAGAUGUGAAUAUAUUAAAAUUUGUUUCUGCAAAUGCUGUAAAGUACACAGCAUUGACCUUUGAUCUCUAAGUAAUUGAAUGAUUCUUUAAUUGAAAAAAUGGCUCAUAUAUUUAUUAUGGAAUGACUGAUUAAUUAUCACUUUAAUUUGGCACCUUACAUUUUUGUUUUGGUGUGCAGUGUUUAACAGAUUGUAUAUGUACUACAGUUGAGAACUUGUUAACGAUAUCAUUGAUUAUUAAUUCAGGUCAAAUUAUGACCUUGAAAGGUCAUGACAUGACCUUGUAUCAUCAGAGUAACCACAGCUUUAUGGAUCUUGUUACAUAUAUUGUUGAAUUCUCUGUACCUUACUUUCAACAAAAGAAAAACUGUUAAAAAAACAAUAAAAACAAAACAAAAAUCA